AUGCAGAAUAACAAGACUUUCUUCACAAUAGAAGGACAAAAGGAAUCAGGAAGAGUCAAUGAAAGGAAAAUGGAAGGUGAAAAUUUGAAUUACAAGUCACGUGAUAUGUUUGAGUCAGAAAUCAGUAAUGAUUUAUUCAGUGAUAUAAAGAUUCACCAUGAAGAGACACUCACUUAUCCAGUGACACAGCAGCCAGGUGUAAAGCCCGUGUUUAGGCGAUUCCAUGUUUUUGAAAAUACACCAUCAAAACAUGACACCAUGGCUUUGGAAUUCUCGCGCCUCUCUAGCAUGCAAAACUACCCAAACAUUCAUGGAAUAAGUUUUUUUCGAAUGGCUGAGGCUGGAUUUUUCUAUGAAGGAAAUGGAAAUGAACUUGUCUGUUUCUCAUGUGGUUUCCAUAAGGAUAGCUGGAAUUUUAAUGAUUCUCCCAGAGAAAUUCAUUUGAGGAUGUCUCCAAAUUGUAAAUUCUUAUCACAAGGUGAUGGUAAUGUCCCUGUGCCAAGAGAAAAAUCUACACAAGACCUUGUUCCCCUUCAGAGUGCCCCUCAGGAAGAAGUUGUGGAACCUGACGGUCUAAGGGAAGGCUAUAAUGCCUCUACAUCUAACAACACGGCUCACCUGGCCAGUGCUAUUUAUAGCGACGGACAGGACCAACCAGAUACAUCAAAACGGACGAUGGUGGUAAAACACCCGAAAUAUGCUAGCCGCCCAGCCCGAAUGGCCUCUUAUGCUAAUUUUCUUCGCAACAUAAAGCAGCAUCCAGCAGAUAUGACAGAAGCUGGUUUUUAUUACGCAGGUUUUGCGGAUUGUUGCAGAUGCUACCACUGUGGAAUUGGUCUUAGAAACUGGGACCCUGAGGACAACCCAUGGAUUGAGCAUGCUCGGUGGUCUAUGGAAUGCCCUUACAUUCUAAAAAUAAAAGGACAGGCCUUUAUUGACCUUGUGCAGGCUGCCCGAGCCGCAGAAAUGGCCCAGGACGACGAGGAUAGUGAAACAGAAGGGGCUAGUAACGGAAAUGAUAGUGGCUCUGGUAAUGGAGAAAAAUCAUGGGCAAGUAACUCCUCUGCAUCAGAAGGACCAGCAGCCAAUGAAAUUGAGAAUAAUGUGGCCAAAACUUCUGAGGCCACCACGAGUAAAGGAACUUUUGAUGAUAGCGGAUUUGGAUCAGAUAGUGCGCCAGUAGUUCAACCAAUCAAAGCUCCUUUAAGAACACCUGCUGCACAGAGUCUGAUUCAUGAUGAGAAAAUCAAACCUAAAUACGUCACGGCGGCCAUUGAGGAUCUCGUAAAGGCAGAAGGUUGGGGUGCGUUCAGUAAGGAAAAUAUCAGGAAGUAUCUAAAGAUUCAUGAAGAAAACUGCAAAUCAGAAUCAUCAGCUUCUAAUGCUGACCCUAACACGCUGAAGCAGGAGAAUAAGGAGUUGAAGGACCUAACCAACUGUAAGAUCUGCCUGGAUGAGAAAGUCUCCAUCGUAUUCCUGCCCUGUGGUCACCUGGUGUCCUGCCCCCAGUGUGCCCCCGCCCUCACCAAAUGCCCCAUCUGUAAAAAAAACAUCAAAGGGACUGUAAGAACUAACCUUGUAGAAAAAGUACAACAAAAUGGACAGCAAAUUAAUGUGAAUGAAGAACGAUGAUAAAGAACAUAA